ACAAAUUUAAACAUGGCCGCUGAUUGUAAACAUUUCUUCAUUGUCCUGUGGUCCUGUCACUAAAAACUAAAGUGUCAGUCGUUGGGUCACGAUCGCAGUGUUGCCCUCCCCAAAACAAGUGAUUGCAUCUAACGUUCAAGUCAGGGGUAAAUGAUGGAUGCGAAAGGAAAGGUGAAGAAGAAAUCACGAAAGCUGCCUAAGAGCGAAGAUGAUGAUGAAGGAUCUCCAUCUCCUCAGUCUGACCAGAACCCAACGAAUGAAGCCAGCUUUGAUAAACUGCUUCGUGCAGCCAUGAAACAAACUACAGAUGAGAAAAGAAAAUCGGGGAAGAAAAAAGGAAAGAGAACCAAGUCUGAGACAACAGAUGCUAUGCUUGAGUCAUUGAAACAAGGUGCUGAUCUCCGCAAGGAUACUGACCCAUCUGAAGAUCCAUCCAUUCUGGCCAACACUUACGAUGGCAGUGACAGCCCUCGUUUCCACAAGAACUUGACAAAUGAGAAGGGCCGUAAGCCCCCACCCAAAAAGGGGAUGGAGAACAAAGGCUUUAUUGAUGAUGAAGACAAAGAUGCCCAGGCAGACAGUCCUAAGAAAACAAAGAAGAAGAAGAAGAAAGCUGACGCAAGUGACAUUAUGGACAGUGGCCCUUUAACAAUGCAGGAACUUGAGGACACACCCAAAAAGGUACGGAGGAAAAAGAAAUUGGCUACCCAGCAGGAGAAUGACAAAGACAGUGAGAAAACAGAGCAGCAGCAAACAGGAGAUGAGGCAGAUGGUGGGGAUCUAGGAAAAGAGAUCACAGAGGAAGGAAUUGAAGAAAAUGAGAAAGCAGCUGGAAAGAAGAAGAAAAAGAAGACAGCAUCCAAAGAUGACAAACCCGAUGCUGAUGAGAACGAAGGGGCCAAAGACAAUAAGAAAAAGACUAAGAAGAAACGCAAGAGGCAGCCGAAGGAUGAUGGUCGAGUGUUUGGGGUGAACGUCCAUCGUAGUGACCGGCUCAAGACUGACCUUUACAUUGCUCAUCCACUGGUCAGAGUUCACAUCAUCGACAUGGACACUGGCACAUACUUCAAGAAAUCUAAACUGGAUCGUGCUGUGACAUCAUAUUAUGAGAAUCAAAAUGACAAAGUGGAUUACAUCUUACCAGUACUGACUCAACCCUUUGACUUUAAGAAGAGGAAGUCCAUCAUACCCUGCUGGGAUGAGCAACUCAUCUUCAACGAGAGCUAUAACUACCUUAUCCAAUCAGACGAAUCUGCGCCAAAGGCCAUCAUAUUUUUUGAGAUCCUUGAUUUUGUCAGCAUGAACAUCACUUCUACCAAAUCCAAGAUGCUGAAAGGAGAAGGAGGAUGGCAUCGAAUAGCUUGGGCAUUUCUCAAGGUUGUUGGUGCUAAUGGCAUCCCCAACACUGAUAAGAAAGUCCGGCUUCAGUUGUUCUACCCUCCAUUCAGUUAUAAGGGAAAACCAGGACAACUUGACGUGUACCAGUGGUGGCAGAAUAUUAGUCGGCAGCCCUAUCCAUCUACCCUGUAUGUGACAGUUAAAGCAGUCAAGACACCAGACAAGGUUGAACCUGCUGUCAGGUCACUGUAUGCCACACAGGAGGAACAAGGAAGGAUGUCAUUCAGUGAUUUGAAGAAAUCCAUCAACUGGGGUACGAAGCAGGCAAUGGGUAAAGAAAAACCUCUCACCAACUGGACUCGCCUUCCAGGUCAGAUGUGUCGCAUCCCAAACAAACUGAGUUUGGCCUUAGCUGGAGACAAGAAAGGAUGCUUUGUCCUGAAAUUUUCACCCAGCGGCAGGUUUCUUGCCUGUGGAUGCAAAGACAGAGAAGGUUACCCAGUCUUGGUAUAUGAGAUUCCCUCUGGGCGAUUCAAAUGCCAAUUUCCUGGACACUACAGCCUGAUCUAUGACAUCAGUUGGGCAGCUAACGACAACGAGAUCUUGACGGCCUCGUCCGAUGGUACAGCUCGUAUCUGGAACCUAGAAACUCCAGACAGUGCAGCUGAGAAAGUCUUCCCUCACCCAGCUUUUGUCUAUACAGCCAAAUUCCAUCCCCAAGCUGACCAUCUAGUGGUCAGUGGAGGCUAUGAUCAUGUGGUCCGAGUGUGGAGCAAGAAGAAUGACAGUCAAACAGCAGAGCUUCUUCAAGAGCUAGAUGGGCACAAAGGCUUUGUCAACUGCCUCUGCUUUUCACGGGAUGGCAAAACCAUGUUCUCCGGCGACAGUGUCGGUGUCAUCAUCAAGUGGAAUGCAGCUGUCAUGGCCAAAGCUGCGACCUCAGACCGUCAAGUGAAAUUUGGAUCAACCAGUGACUCAUUGGAGAGCACAGGUGCAAGACCAAAGGAACUUGAACAAAAACUCACCGGGAUAUUGAAGCAGAGAGGUGCUCCAGACAGGUGGUCAGUGGAGAAGGUCAUCAAUGAGAAGGAGCUGGAGGGAGUGACCAUCAACUCUCUAGAGGUCCAUCCUAGUGGACGCAGACUGCUCAUCCAUGGACGAGACAACAAUCUCCGCAUGAUGGACCUUAGAUUGUUCACGGUCAUGCAGCGUUAUCUAGGUGCUUUGAAUUUUCGUGAGCAUGUCAGAAGCACCAUGACUGAAUGUGGAUCCUUUGUCAUCUCAGGCAGUGAGGAUCAACAAGCUUAUGUCUGGAAUACUGACACAGGGGACCAAAUAGCUGUAUACUCCAACCUAGGCUACAAAUACCCAGUAAUGGCCGUAACUUACCACCCCUAUGAACACAUGGUUGCAUUCUGUUCCCGGGGUGAGGGUCAUCCUAUCAAGGUCUACGUUUACGACGCCAAAGUUGCCCGGCUAGAUUUGGGUCUCAAGUCAGCCUCAGGUGCCAAGGAGAAAGAGGAAGUAGGACCUGGUGUUGCUAAGGCAGAGGAGAGUCUCUUGAAUCUGUUAGAGGCCAAGAGAGACCUCAAGGAUGAACUGGACACAACAAAGACAUUGCGAAUGGAACGCGUUAAAGCCAAACUUGCUACAGUCAUGGCUUUCAAGAAACUGGCUAAGGGUAAUCAGGAAAAUGCCCAAGAGCAGCAGUUACAGCAAAGUAUGCUGGGUAAUUCCUUUGUUCUCCCACCUGGGGGUGCUACUCCUAUGCAGCAAACGUUAAGCACCUGGGGAUCUACCUUUGAUGCUUCCAUGUUCAAACCGCAGCUGACCAUGUCUUAUCAGAAUCAACUAGUGGGCCCACAGAUGCCCACACCAACACCUGCACAGCUUGAUUCGCCUGGUGUGAGUUCUUUCCUGGCAAAUCAGUCCGUGCGGGGAGUACGGAGUUUAGGAUUAAGUAUGGGCGGGACAGGAUGGACUCCACCCAGAGCUUACUUCCCACGAGCGUCCACACCUAGCAUUGCCCUACAAGCAACCAGGGGAGGAACAGCUACCUUCACCUUCAACACACCCUCCUCUCAAAAGAAUCGAACCAACCUGCGUCGUGUGGUGGCGCUCUAUGACUACACUGCUCAGCGAUCUGAUGAGUUAAACCUGCGUCAAGGAGACUGGAUCUCAGUGCUUCACGAAGACAAUGAGAACUGGUGGAUGGGUCAGCUGGAGAACGGACAACAGGGUUACUUCCCUGCUAACUAUGUGGCUGAUGAAUAUUUUGAAGAGGAACAGGAAGUCAAAUAUCUUGGGGAAAUUCCCGGUAGUACCGGGGCAGAAGAGACCGACUCGGCUAGUACUACACCACGCAGGAGGGGCAAGACAAAAUUCAAAAAGGACGGGUCAAAGAUGACAGCAGUUGUCACUAAAAGCGGUGAACUUAAGAUCUUGUCAGCUGCAGAGGACAGUGAUCUAGACAUCACACCAGCUACAAGUCAGAGGAGAAGGAAGAAGAAAACCCUAUCCCGAGAGCUUGCAGUGGAUCUUAGCCGCAAUGGGAGCGAUAUUGCAGAUGAAGACACCACACCUCGCAGGCAGCGAACCAGGACAAGGACAUCAAGUGCCCAGAGACGUCUAGCGUCCUCCUUUGACACUGUGGAUGUUGGCAUUCCACCAAGAUCUCACAAGAAACGCUCCAAGACUGUGGAUGACACAGUGUUGUCAAAUGAGGACCUAGCAGGGAGUUCCAGAACAACAUCACGCCUCAGCAAGACAAUGUCACAGGAAGAACUUUUAGCUGGAUCUGAGGACGUUAAACAGAGGACUCCAAAACCUCGCAAAAAGCACUCCAAGACAGCUGGCAACACUCUACUAUCAAGCGAAGAACAAAACUCCAAAACAAAUCCUAAAAUUUCUAAGACAUUAUCAAGGGAGCAACUUCUGAGCGGAUCUGAGGACAUUGAACCAAGGACACCAAAACCUCGCAAGAAGCGCUCAAAGACUUCAGAGGAGGCAACUCUGUCCAAUGGCAACACCGUUGGGAGUUCCAGGAAACCAGAGCUUAAGUCAGCUUCCCAAGAUGGGUAUCUGAGUGGGUCCCAAGAAGAGGUGGAACCAAGGACACCAAAGGAGAAGAAAGGUGGAAAGAGGAAACAGAAGAUGAACCACACUGAGAGGACAGUUUAACAUGCUUGCAAGUGCCCACGCUUCUUGGAUACCUGUGGUGCUGGCUUUAAAUGGUAUUGCAGAGCAAACAGUCUUCACCAAAAAAAGAUGUCCCUUCAAGAGAUCUACUAGCUUACACUGCAUACCUUAGAUCCCAAACCCAAUCCCAGGCCACAGUAAUUUGCACAUAAAUGUUGAAUGUAAACAUUGGUUACGCUUGAAGUAUAGAAAGCACUGCAAUAUGUCAGGUGAGUGAGGUUUUAUAUUGCAUAUGUGAAUACUGUACAGUUUCUUGAAACAAAAGCUUUUUCUUUAUUUAUUGAUUGAUUGAUAACCUGAAUCGUGAGUUUACCUCGGCCAGUGUACAGAAGUUUUGUGAGUAUUGAGUUGUGUCAUUUCUUCAGUCAUUUUUUUCAAUUUUGCAUUUGCUUGGCGGAAAGCUUUAAUGAGGCUGUCAACACAUAUUCUAAAGAUAUUCCUCCAGCAAUAAAUAGGACAAAUUAAGAUUUUCAGGAAUCCAGCAUGUCUCGGCAAAGAAUUUCAAAAUUACAACUUAGAAAAUAACAACAAUCUGUUGUCUUUUUAUUGCAAUGUUUUAUUACACCUUGUAUAUCAACGACGAACAAACCUGUAAAUAAAAGGUUUUGCAAUGCUCAGUCCAGUAUACUGUGCAUUGCAUUGCAUGGCAUGCAGUACUUUUUAAACACAAGAUAUCCGUCCACCUUAAGUAGGGUUGACCUUUAUGGUUUUCUUUCCUUGCCAUAGAAAAUUUCAAUUACCCAGCAUUUUACAUAAGUUAACGUCUAUUGUGCUUGUUUAUCUUUGAUCAUAAGAGCUCAGGAGCUACUGGUGCCAUUUUUUUAAAGUGCCGCUGUGCGGCGAUGUAAUUUCUACAUCAACAAUGAAAACUUCUUGUGCUCCUAUUUUUAAAGCAGCAGUCUUUUAGCUUGACUUUCUUUACACUCUCCAUGUCUUUUGAUACUAAAGAAAUGCCCGUCAUACCAGUGGCUCUUAAAUGCUUGUAAUACUUCCAAAAAUUGCAAGUAGACACCGUUGAUUUAUUUGAAUUCUGGUGUGUUAUGAGUGUUUUAUGAACUUGGUUUAUGGCCAAAAAGUUGGGCCUUGGUCCAGUAUAUUUGAGCAGAGAAGUCGUUACACACUUGCGUAGUUCAUGCAAAACGGCUUUUAUAUUUCAUGCAACAUUUAGCAACAUUUACACAACAAAUACAUCUGCCAUAUUGGAUUUAAUAUGAAAAUUAUUCUCAACAAGCCCUCAAGAGAUGUAGUUUUCUGGAAACUGAUUUUUGACAGUUGAGCUUUUACAAGCUCUUUCAGGACCAGAUUCCAUGGAGGAAAAUGAACAGAAUUCAAAUCUUCAUUUGCAUUCACAACAAAACUGACGUUGUAAAUUUUAUACAAUUGUAUUUGCUGAGAAUAACGUAAAUGUACUUGAAUUUUUAAUCAUUGUACUGCCUUAUGACACAUUUUAAAAUUUCACUUUUUAUUUAAAGCAAAUUAUAAAAAUUCAUGUUUCUCAUAA